AUGGAAAAUGCUUGUGAAGAAUAUUUUUUUAUUUUAUUUACAGGUAACUCGAGUGGACUAACUGUACCGCUUUCACCAUUUUUAGCUGGACUCACACUCUUUUGUGCACUACUCUUCGCCAUAUCUUGUAUUAUACUUGCGGCAGUCUACCGACGAUUUUCAAAUAGACGAAAUGAUACAAACAUUAAACCUACGAAACAUACCAAAUUAUCAAUACCCGCCGACUGUCAGUUAGAUCCAUUACAGCCAAAUCAUCAUCACGAGCAAAGCAACCAUCAAUCGCAUCACAGCUUGCUGCAGUCGAAUGGUAGUGGCGGUGGCACAUCGCCUGCUGGUGCGAAUGGCAGCUUAGUUGUUGGUAUGGACUCUGCUACACUACGCUCAAAUGCACAGAAUCAUCAUCGACAAAGCCCACAGAUAAUGGGUGAUCCACCGGAAGUUGAUGACACUGAUCCAGACGUGAUACCUAACCAAUAUGAAAAACGUCCAUUGAAGUCAUUAGUAGCUUCCCCAAUAUUCCGUAGUCCAUCUGCAAGAUUGUUGCAACGUGAAUACUGCACAGCCGAUGCUGAACGUUGCGGUACACUCGGCAGCGGUAGUGUUAUUGGCAUUACAAACAGCUCCACACUGAGCAGCACAGAUGGUGUCUCUAGUUUGGGUUCCAUUGUGAGCAGCACUGGAGGUGCAAGCAGUGGCAUCGGCAUCGGCAUGGGAAAUGAGGUGCUGCACUACACAUUUAGGCCAAGUAAACAAAUCAGUUAUGCCACCUUAAAUAAGAAGGGCAUAACCACUUGUAGUCCACCUUUGGGCAUUUCACCCUAUAAUACAACUACAUCAUCCUUAUCAUCAUAUCAUCCUACACCACAGCCAAUGGAAGUUAGCUUGCUCAGUCCGAAUAAUCCAUCAGUAACUUCAUCGCUAAGCGAAUACAGAUUUCGACCGGAAGUGGUAACCACAUCGAAUCGAAUACAGGAAAGUUGUAUAUAAAUUGAAAAAAAAAAUAUUUUAAUAUAUAAUUGAUUUUUAGUUUGUAGUUUAGUUUGUA